AUGGGGAAAAUUCAAAUUGAACUCCUAACUCCAUAUAAUUAUGAAACAUGGAAAAAAUCAGUAUGGAAUUAUCUAAGGGAAAAAGGUUGCACUGGCUAUGUCAAAGAAUCUAUUCCUGCACCUACUGAUGCUAAUGCUCUUCAAGCAUGGGAGAUCAAUCAUGAGAGAGCUCUUGGUUAUAUUUGUUCACUAGUCUCUUUUGAUUUACAAUUUCAUCUUGAAUCAUGCAAGACACCAAAGGAGGCUUGGUAUACACUUGAAAAUUUGUAUGGUAAAACUGACAAGAUUAGGGGUUAUCAGAUUGAUAAUGAUCUGAUGAAUCUUGAUCCAAAAAGUUUCAACAACAUCCAAGACUAUAUCUCCAAGAUAAAGCAACUAAGAAUACAGUUAACAGAUUGCAAGAUUACUAAGGAGGAUUUACAAUUGAUUCUCAAUGUGUUAUCCAAGCUUGGUCAAGAGUAUUCUGUGUUUAUUUCUGGCUUUCAUACCAAUAGGAUUUCUAUGGGAACUGCAUAUGUACAACCCACUUUUGAUGCAUUUUCAGAUCUUCUAAUCCAAGAAGAAGCGAAGCUAAUUCAAAUGGGAAUCAUCAAAACUUCCAAGUCACAAGCUUUGAUUGCUAGUGAACCUAAGGUACAGAAAGAAUCAGGGAAUCUUGAUCAGAAACAAAAGAAGAAAAAGAACAAGCCACAGAAAGAAUCUGAGUCCUCUUCCUCGAAAAAUGAAUCUUCUAAAAAGGAGAAGCCCACUUGUGCAUAUUGCAAGAAAUCUGGGCAUGCUAAACAUCAAUUUUAUUUAAAACAAAUUGAUGGCAAAGAAUAA